AUGGCUUGUAAAUGGCCAUUAAGCGCUAUUGCUAGCUCUGCAUCUACUGCCACUAAGCUCUCUCCUUCAAUCUUGUUCACAUUUCAUUUAUCUCCUUCUAAACGGCAUCGUCUCCCAACGUUCUCUUUACACAAUAAUUCCUUUUCUUCUUCUACCCCUUCUCGUUGUAGUCCUAAUUCAGGUGUGAAAGUACAAAAAUCAACAAAUUCAGCAGUCUGCUCCGCUUCGGAUCAGAAGAAACAAAGCUUAAAUUUUAAGACCUUGUUUGGGAAGAAAUACUUAUGGCGGAGGAUACUGUUCGCGUCCACGAAAGUCAGGUCCAUUAUUUUACUCAACGUCAUCACCGUUGUCUAUGCGAGUAAUAUUCCAGUUGUGAAAGAAGUUGAAGCAAUAAUGGAUCCAGCAGCUUUCACUGUUGUGAGAUUUGUUGUCUCUGCCAUACCAUUCUUCCCAUUUGCAUUGCAAUCAUGGGAUGAUGUUCGAACCCGUAAUGCUGGGAUAGAGUUGGGGUUUUGGGUUAGUCUAGGGUACUUAAUGCAGGCACUUGGGUUGCUCACAUCAGAAGCUGGGCGUGCAUCAUUUCUAUCUAUGUUCACUGUAAUUGUGGUUCCUUUGCUUGAUGGUAUGCUAGGAGCAAUAGUUCCUGCAUAUACAUGGUUUGGAGCUCUCAUGUCCAUUUUAGGCGUUGCAAUGCUGGAAUCCAGUGGAUCUCCUCCCACUAUUGGUGAUCUCUUGAACUUCUUAAGCGCGGUGUUUUUUGGCGUGCAUAUGCUUAGAACGGAACAUAUAUCAAGAAACACAAAUAAAAAGAACUUCUUACCUCUUCUUGGAUAUGAGGUAUGUGUUAUUGCUAUCUCCUCAACCAUAUGGUAUUUCGUUGGAGGCUGGUUUGGGGGUGUCCAAACUUGUGAUCCAUCAUCAUGGACAUGGGAAAUGGUUUGGCACUGGAUGGCUGUUUUUCCAUGGAUACCUGCACUCUACACUGGCUUAUUCUCAACUGGGUUAUGCUUAUGGAUAGAGAUGACUGCAAUGCGUGAUGUUUCAGCAACAGAAACUGCCAUAAUUUAUGGUUUGGAGCCAGUCUGGGGUGCUGGAUUUGCAUGGUUUCUUCUUGGUGAAAGGUGGGGUGCCACUGGUUGGAUUGGGGCUGCUCUUGUGCUUGGUGGAAGCAUAAUGGUGCAAAUAAUUGGAUCAUCAUCUUCUGUUAUAUCUGGUAAAGAUGAGGAGAGAAGAGAGAAAGUUGAUAGCCUACUGGUUUCGGAUAAGGAAAAUAGUUUCUCUACCACACCGUUGAGGGUCAGUUCCAGAAAAGAAGUUCCUAAUAUAUUAAAAAAAAUAAUGGCUCUGCAAGGUAAGCUGGAGACGGUUGUGGAACUCAAAACUCCUGCUGAGAAGCUCUACAACUUAUUGAAGAGCCAAGCCCACCAGGUUCCCGAGCAUACUCCUAAUAAUAUACAAGCAGUUAAUGUACAUCAUGGCGACUGGGAGACUGAUGGCUCCAUCAAGGUUUGGAACUAUACUAUAGAAGGGAAAGCUGAGGUAUGCAAAGAGAAAGUGGAAUAUGAUGAUGCGAACAAAAAAAUAACUCAUUACGGUCUGGAAGGGGAUGUCAUGAACGUUUACAAGAUCUUUAAGCCCUCCUAUCAGUUCAUAUCCAAGGGCUCGGGCAGCUCGGCAAAAUUAAGCAUUGAAUAUGAGAAACUGAAUGGGAGCGUCCCAGUCCCCGAAAAAUACCUGGAUUUCAUGGUAAAUGUUGUCAAGGACAUUGAUGCAGGCCUUGUAUAA